CAGUUAGACAUCACGAGAUGUUUCGUUGCAGUCUGAGAAAGAAUAAGUUUCCAGUAUUUGAACUAAACCGACAGACAUCUUCUAAAUUCUCUGAAGUCAAAACCAAAAGGAUACCUCAGAAAUCACACAAUCAAAUAUCACAGCUGCAAUUUGGGCCUCUCCUUCGCUCAAAAUCACUGAAGCGUAAAUCUAAAUUACCCCCUAUAUGUUUGUCACAAUCAGAUGAGAGUAGAGAUUUCUGGCUGUCAACAGUCAAAGUCACAUCCCUACCUGAACAACUAACAUUAACCUCAUCUUCAGCAGAGUUGAACCUGACUUCAAAUGAUGUUAAGAAGCGCACCAUGAAGGAUACUCCGGAGAACCCAUCCGAACAUAUCCUACAAAUACCCUUCCAGAGACAGGAGGAUAGGGCCUAUCCUAGCGUGAGCAGAAUUCUUCGGGAAACUAUGAGCGAAGAAAAUCGUCGAGUUUUGGAAAUCUGGGAGCAAAAAAUGGUCCUUAAACUAGGCCAGGACGGAUUCAACCAACAUAAACAGGCAACGUUCUCCAGGGGCAAAGCAAUUCACUCCUGGAUAGAAAAAUAUUUUCUUUAUAGAAGGUCUACAGACACUAGUUUCAUCCAAGAUGAUGUUACACUGAGACACAUUUCCUCCAUUUCUCCACUCCUGAAAACUAUUAGCGAUGUCAAGGUUCUAGAGUCGGCUACAUUUCAUCCGGAUCUGAAAUACUGUGGAAUAAUUGAUUGUGUUGCACGCAUUGGCAAUACUGUUUGUCUGAUAGAUUGGAAGACGAGUGAGAAAGCAAAACCAAGUAUUGAAUCCUUGUACGACAGUCCAUUGCAAGUUGUAGCUUACCUAGGAGCCCUUAACGCAGACCCUGAAUACCUUAGGAUUGGACGAAUACAAGAAGGAGUCGUGAUAGUAAUUUAUAACUCGGGAUACCCUGCAGUUCUCCACAGAAUUAAUCCUGAACUUGUCUCUCAACUCUGGAAAGUUUGGUUAGAGCGACUCAAAACCUAUCAAAACCUUGCUUAAACAAUAAUGAUAAAGUUAUAUCCUUCUAGCAAUGGUAUUUUCUUUACAUGUAGUGAAUAUUAAACAAUCUAGAAUAUCUAGAAAUUAACCGAAUAAAUGUUUUUUUUUAUAUUUACUGUA